CCCGAUUAAAAUUCAUACGAGGCAAUGCGGGACGAAGAACAUAACGUGAUUUGUGGACAGUAUAAUAUGAACCCGUGCACCUGAUUGUUACAGAUAUGCUUAGGUGCAAGGCUUUCAUUCUAGCUGUCUUUAGCGCAUGCAUUCAGAUUUGUUCCUUAUCCACUCCAAAUCUGUACAGAACACUGAAGAAGAACGGAUUUCACAGGGAUCUCUUCACUAAAAUUCUGAUUCCAGCCUCGGUAAUGGAGACUGGAUGUGAGUGUUUGAUAGAGGAGGAACUCCCACCGGGGCUGUACAUAGAUCCUUACGAAUUGAAGAAUUACAGGGAGAAAGGAGGACCUCAGUUCAACAGCCCAGCAGUAAACACUGAGAAUCCAAAAGAGUUAUCUACAAGUUUGAAAUUUAUAAUUUACCAAGAAUUUUCAGUUGAAGGAUCGGAGUAUGUAACCAAUGUGACGAUCCCAGUCCAUGUGCGCUAUCAUCAGCCAUCGUCAGAAGGAAGUACAUCAUUCAUACAAAUACAGAACCCACACAUUUAUCUUCUCUGUCAUCGUGAAGACACACAGAAGACCAUUAAAAUGGAAACAAAGAAAACAAAGAAAUUUCCUUGUAGUAGUAAUCCUAACAAAACCUGUACAUACACAGAGACGGUGUAUAAAACGGAUGCGGACAGUGUAGGGUUUGAAGUCCCCGUGGGAGACCUCCGUCACCGGACCACUGUUGUCGGUGUGACUCUGCUGCUGACAUUAAGUGGAUGUUUUUAUUUGUCAUCAAAGAUUCUUUACAAAUAAAGUUUGCAUCCGAUGUA